GGUCUGAUGAUCUUCAAAGUACCAGGUCCGAUGAACCCCAAAAGCGCCAGGUCUGAUGAACUCCAAAGUGUCAGGUCCGAUGAACCCAAAAAGCGCCAGAUCUGAUGAUCUCCAAAGUGCCAAGUCUGAUGAACCCCAAAGCGCCAGGUCUGAUGAACUCCAAAGUGAUACGUGUGAUGAUCCGCAAAGUGCCAGAAGGACAGGUCAUGGGAAUGGCUUGACGAUUUCAAAGAAGGACAGGUCAUGGGAAUGGCUUGACGAUUUCAAAAAAAGGACAGGUCAUGGGAAUGGCUUGACGAUUUCAAAGAAGGAUAGGUCAUGGGAAUGGCUUGACGAUUUCAAAAAAGGACAGCCCAGGGCAUCGGCAUAUACCAGGCUCUCAUAUGAUGAGGAUGACCUGGACAAGAUAGGGAGCGUAGCGAGAAAGCUAUGUGCCCUGGAGGAAAAGGUGGAAGAGAAGGCGGGAGCAAAGAAGCACACCCUGGCCAAAUCACCCUUUUCAGCCAGGGUACAUGCACAAAAAUUGAGGCGUAAGGUCAAGCUGGACGUGGAGAAAUUCACUGGAAAGGCGGGAGCAAAGAAGCACACCCUGGCCAAAUCACCCUUUUCGCAAAUAACAAUGUUGAUUAAUUCUUAAACAUAAAAUAUAAAUUAGAGAUUUUAUCAUGUGUACCUGAUAAUUCUGUAAACGUAGUUAGAGAUGAGGCCAUGAUUCUCACGCAGAUCGAGUUCCCGUUUAAGGUGUAUUGUUAUGAUGGCUAAGGUGAGGAUGAGACUCACGAGAAUAGAGAGGCAGAGAGGAGGCGUAAGAUCGGUGUAUUGAUCUCUGCCUAAUGACCUCUAUUUAUAUACACCCAAGGGGAAACUCUAAUUAGGUCAUAAGGGUAAUUACGUCCAUCGAAUAAUUACGAAAUAAAUACGUAGGGUAUUU